AUGGAUCUGGGGAGCCAUUUCCCCAGACUGCUAAGGAGAUGCCCAGUACGAGUGAAGUGGUACAGGAGGUGCGUUCAGAUGGGGCCUGUCUCCCAGGCAGUGGAGGAGGUGCCCGGUACGAGUGAUGGGAUGCAAGUGGAGAGUGUUGAGAGGGAUGUGGCGGAGGGGAGUCAGGGGUUUGUGGCCCCUGUUGAGGAGGAUAUGGAUAUGGACAUUUUUGAUAUUCCUAUUGAUAUGAUAGCUGCUGGCAACGACUCAAUUUACAAUCUAGAUGAGGAGAGUAGUGUGUACAGGGACGCUCCAGCCUUUGCCCUAGAUGGAGUCUAUAUCUCUGAGGCCUGCCCCAACCACUGUGGAGGACACGGAGACUGCAUCUCUGGGGUCUGCUUUUGUGACAUGGGAUACACAGUUGAGCAGGACAGCUGCGUGCCAGCCGUGGCCAGCCCCACAGAGCUGGCAGAGGGCUUUGAGAGCAAGCUGAGCCCGGUUUGGCAGACCCUGAGUGGGGGGCAGGUUGGAGGGGGCUGUGGCACCAUCAGCGAGGGAAAGGCUCUGUACUUCAGCAGCUCUGGGAAGAGAGAGGCACGCACUGUACCUAUGGAUACGACGAACACACGGCUUGUCCAGUUCUACAUCCGUAUUGGAGGGAAGAAUGUUGGACCCACCUGCACCAGACCUCGCUCCCGCAACGAAGGAGUGAUAGUCCAGUUCUCCACCAACAACGGGGUUCAGUGGCAGUUCCUACGUGAGCUGGACUUUGGUUCCUUCCUGGAUUCCCAGGUGGUCACCAUCGAGCUGCCUCCACCCGCCAAGACUCCCUACACUGUGUUCCGCUGGUGGCAGCCACAGCAGGGUAAACACUCAGCCCAGUGGGCUCUGGAUGAUGUUCUGAUCGGUAUAAAUGACAGCUCCAGGACUGGCUUCCAUGAUAAGUUUGACGGGACGUCUCCUCUGAGACACAACUGGUACCGCAUACAGGGAGGAGAGAUCACUGUAGACUGUCUGUCUCUGGAUACAGCUCUGUCCUUCAACAGCGACACCACUGACAAGAAGCCGCGGUAUGCAGAGAGCUGGGACUUUGAGGUGUCCGGCUCCUCCUUCCUGCAGUUUGAACUGUCUAUGGGCUGCAGUAAGGUUGCCACCUCAUCCCACGGUGUCAGGCUGGAGUACUCCACGGACUGUGGGCGCCACUGGGCCCUGCUCACCCCAGAGUGUGUUCCACCUGCCAUCGGCUGUGCCGGCUACACCAUGAGCUCAGUCUACACCGCUACACAGUACAACCGCUGGAGGAGGGUUACGGUGUACCUGCCCAGCGCUGCCAAUUCUCCCAGGACUCGGUUCAGGUGGAUCCAGCCCCACUUCAUCCCUGGGGCGGACGGUUGGGCCUUGGACAACGUGCUGCUGGCCCCUGGCUGCCCCUGGAUGUGCUCUGGACACGGACUCUGUGACAACGGAUGCUGUUUGUGUGACCGGGGUUAUGGCGGGGCCCACUGCGUGCCCUUGGCCCCCCUCCCCUCCAUUUUGAGAGACGACUUCAACGAGAACCUGGCGGCGGAGCAGUGGCCCGAGGUGUACGGGGCUGAGAGGGGGACUCUCAGUGGGGAGCCCCUCAAAUCUGGCACCGCACUAAUCUUCAAAGGGGAAGGUCUGCGUAUGUUGGUGUCAAGGGACAUGGACUGCACCAGCACUCUCUACAUCCAGUUCUCCUUCAAGUUCAUCACUAAGGGUGUCCCAGAGCGCUCCCACUCGGUGCUACUACAGUACUCUGUGAACGGGGGGAUCAGUUGGCUGUUGUUAGAUGAGUUUUACUUCCCUACUUCCACCGAUACGCUGUUCAUCCACCUUCCUCUGCCCACCAGUGCCCAGACCAACGCUACCCGCUUCAGGCUCUGGCAGCCUUACAACAGCGGUAAAAAAGAGGAGGUGUGGGUGAUUGAUGACCUGAUCAUCGAUGGCAGCUCGCUCAACAACCCUCCUGUAGUCUCUGACAGCUUUGAGGGCGGACCCCAGGAUUACAACUGGCUCUUCUACCCAGGAGGCAACACUGGACUCUACUGCCCCUACCAGAAGAGUGGCCUGGAGGACGAUGAGUCUGCCAUGGUGUUUGUCUCCAGCGAGUUGGGAGAACAUUCCAUUACCACCAGAGACAUUGAUGUCAAUGAAAACACCGUCAUACAGUUUGAGAUCAAUGUGGGCUGCACGGCAGAUUCUUCCUCCUCUAACCCAGUGAGACUGGAGUUCUCCAGGGACUUUGGGGCUACAUGGCAUCUCCUGGUGCCCCUGUGUUCGGGGGGCCCCCAGCCCUCAUCCCUAUGCUCCACAGAGCUGCACCCCGCCAGCGUCUACUACCCCGGGACAACACAGGGAUGGAGGAGGGAGGUCAUCCACUUCGGCAAGCUCAGACUCUGCGGAUCCAUCCGGUUCCGUUGGUACCAGGGCUUCUACUCUAGCGGUUCAUCCCCCCCUACCUGGGCUUUGGACAGUGUGUACAUUGGCCCCCAGUGCCAGGACAUGUGUAACGGACACGGGUCAUGUGUGAGGGGUACACACUGUGUGUGUGACUCGGGAUACUCAGGACCAGACUGCUCCCAACCCGACACAUCCAACCCUGACUUCCUCAAGGAAGACUUUGAAGGAGGGGCGGUGGAUGCUGACCGGUUUAGGCUGCUGAGUGGAGGGAAACCUAGCAGGAAAUGUGGCAUCAUGUCCAGUGGGAACCACCUGUUCUUCAGCGAGGACGGCCUUCGCAUGCUGGUCACCAACGACAUGGACCUUUCCAACGCAAGGUUUAUUCAGUUCUUCCUGCGUCUGGGCUGUGGUAAGGCCUCCCCAGACCCCCGCUCCCAGCCUGUCCUGCUCCAGUUCUCUGUAGACGGGGCUCUGACCUGGGGCCUGCUGCAGGACUUCUUCUUCUCCAACAGCAGUAACCAGGCUCGCCUCGUGGCCCUGGAGAUCCCUCUACGUGCCCGUACCUCCGCCACGCGCCUACGCUGGUGGCAGCCCUCUGAGAAUGGACACUUCUAUAGUCCAUGGGUUAUUGACCAGGUGGUGGUGGGUGGCAGUGCCAGUGGCUGGGGUCCUUUAGAAGACGACUUCUCCUCUAUGGACGGGCGUUCCUGGCUGCUCCACCCCGGGGGUACCCGCAUGCCCGUGUGUGGUUCUGACGGGGCAGCCUUCGCUUUCAUAGAGAAGUCCAACACGCGCUACGCUGUCACCACAGACAUCAGCCUGGGACAAGAUGCUUUCAUACAGUUUGAUUUCUCAGCUUCAUGCUCUGUCACAAACUCCUGCUACGCCAUUGAGCUUGAGUAUUCUCUGGACCUGGGUCUGCACUGGCAGCCUCUGGUGCGUGACUGUCUCCCCACCAGUCAAGACUGCUCCUCCUACACCCUACAGAGACUGCUGGUGGCAGACAUAUACAACAAGUGGGGCCGAGUCACUCUGCCCAUUCCCACCUACGCCAGGUCUGCAGCUACGCGGUUCCGUUGGUUCCAGCAGGCUCCAUUUGACAAGCAGCAGACCUGGGCUCUGGACAACCUCUACAUCGGCGACGGCUGCUCCGACAUGUGCUCCGGACAUGGACGCUGCCAGCAGAGCUCCUGUGUGUGUGACCCAGAGUGGGAAGGCGAGUACUGUGAUGAGCCUGUGGCCCCCCUGCCCUCCCAGCUGAAGGACAGUUUCAGCCGGGCCCCCUCUCUUAGCCACUGGCACCUGGUAACCGGGGGAAAGCUCAGCACUGUGUGUGGGGCCGUGGCAUCUGGGGCUGCACUGCACUUCAGCGGGAGUUGCAGUCGUCAGCUGGUGACGGUGGAUCUGAACCUGACCAACGCAGAGUUCAUCCAGUUCUACUUUAUGUAUGGCUGCAUGACCCCGCCGAGCAACCGCAACCAGUGUGUACUACUGGAGUUCAGUCUGAAUGGUGGAAUCAACUGGAUCCUGUUGACAGAGAUCUUUUACGACCUGUACAGAAAGCCUGGAUUCGUCAAUGUACUGCUGCCCCAUGCGGCCCGUCAGGAGGGUGUGCGUGUGCGCUGGUGGCAACCGACCCACGAGGGGUCCGACCACAGUGACUGGGCACUGGAUAACGUCCUAAUCGCUGGUUCCGACCCACGGGCACAGAUCUCUGACACCUUCGGAGGGGUGGCGCUGCCUAACCACGAGAGAGCGCCCGCUGAUGGUACCCCCACGGGCAGGAUAGGCCUGUUGAAUGAGGGAGAGGAGGAGAGCACCUCAGGUAUAUACACAGGGGAUCUGGACGAGACCACAACAUACACCACCACAGUGAGUGAUCACUGGCUGUUCAGUGAGGACUGUGCGGUUCAGAGGUUCUGUAGCUCUCCAGAUGGAGUCAUGGUGUGUGGUAAUGAUGACGGCAGAGAGGUGUAUGCAGUCACACAUGACAUCGUCCCGGACAAAGGCUGGGUCAUGCAGUUCAAGAUUGUGGUGGGCUGCAGUGUGCCGGAGCGCCAUGCCGAGCAUCAGGUCCAUGUCCAGUAUUCUGUGGACUUUGGUGUCUCCUGGAGAUACCUGGUGCCCCAGUGUCUCCCUGCUGACCCCUGCUGUGGAGGACAGAUCUCCCAGCCCAGUGUCUUCUUCCCUGCCCAGGGUUGGAAAAGGGCCGUCUACCCCCUAAAGGACAGCCUGGCAGACACGGCGGUGCGUUUCCGGUUCUACCAGCAGCACAGUGAUACCCAGUGGGCAGUGGAGAACUUCUACAUUGGGCCAGCGUGUGACAGCCAUUGUGGGGGACAUGGAGAGUGUCUGGACCAGCGAUGUAUCUGUGAACCAGGCUUCACCGGACCCAGCUGCUACGCCAGCACUGCACUCAAGACAUCUCUGAAGGAGCGUUUUGACUGGGAGGGGCUGCCGGGCCCUCAGUGGCAGGUGUUGGAGGGGGGUCGCCCCUGCACUGAUUGUGGGGUUCUGGUGGAGGGGACCGCUUUGUACUUUGCAGGAGCAGACGCCAGGCAGGCCGUCACCGCUGACCUCGACCUCAGAGGAGCCAAGUUUGUAGAGUACUGGGCCAGGAUAGGAAGUGAAGACAACAUGACCAUGUGCCAUCGCCCUACCUGUCGCAAAGAGGGAGUGCUCCUGGACUACUCCAAAGACGGAGGUGUGUCCUGGACCCUGCUUCAUGAGAUGGACUAUCUGAAGUACGUGUCUGUGAGGCGUGAUUACAUUGUUUUACCAGAGGGGGCGCUGUCUAACACCACACGGCUGCGGUGGUGGCAGCCCUUCUCUGUCUCCUCCGGUCUGGCAUCACCCGGGCUGGAGCGUGCUCAGUGGGCUGUAGACAACAUCCUGGUGGGAGGGUCUGACAUCAACCCCUCCACCCUGCUCGACACCUUCGAUGACGAGGGUGUGUCCCAUGAGGAGAGCUGGAGCUUCUAUCCCAACGCGGUGCGUACGGCUGGAUUUUGUGGCAACCCAUCCUUCCACCUCUACUGGCCCAACAAGAACCAGGACAAAACACACAACAUCCUAGCCACCCGAGAGCUUAUAGUACAGCCUGGAUACAUCCUACAGUUCAAGAUUGUGGUGGGCUGUGAGGCAGACAGCUGUGAAGACCACCAUUCUGUCCUGCUGCAGUACAGGAAGGAUGCCAGGUCUGACUCAUGGCAGCUGGUCCAGUCAGAGUGUCUUCCCUCCUCUGUGAACAACGUGGGCUGCUCUCCCUUCAUGUUCCAUGAAUCUACCAUCUACAGUCCUGUCAACAGCUCUACCUGGACCAGAGUCACUGUCCAGCUGCCUGACCACGUCUCCUCAGGUGCCACGCAGUUCCGUUGGAUCCAGAAGGAGGGCGUUGGCGAGCGUCACGGCUGGGGGGUGGACCACAUGUACAUUGGGGAGGCGUGCCCAGGGCUGUGUAGUGGUCAUGGUUACUGUACUAGCGGAGUGGUCUGUAUCUGUGACGAGGGACACCAUGGUGAUGACUGCUCCCUGUCCGGCAGUGACCUACCCAGCUCCAUAAAGGAUAACUUUGAGUCAGGCAGCAUGUCAGAGGAGAGCUGGCAACUCAUCCAGGGUGGCGGGGUGGGAAGUGGGUGUGGUCAGCUCUCUCCCCACGCCCACGGUGACUCGCUCUACUUCAACGGUUGUAAGAUGAGGCAGGCUGUCACCAAGCCACUCGACCUGACACGAGCCAGUAAGAUCAUGUUCGUCCUGCAGAUAGGUAGUGUGUCCCAGACAGACAGUUGUAACACAGCCCUGGACCAGCCUGACACAGUGGACAGAGCUGUGCUGCUACAGUACACUGUCAAUAAUGGAGUUAGCUGGCACGUGAUCGCCCAGCACCAGCCCAAAGACUUCAUCAAGGCCCAGAGAGUGUCCUACAACAUCCCACUAGAGGCGAGAGUUAAAGGGGUGGAGCUGCGGUGGUGGCAGCCGCGUCACGACGGUGUGGGACAUGACCAGUGGGCGCUGGACCAUGUGGAAGUAGUUCUCACUCGUAAACAAAACUAUAUGAUGAACUUUGCCAGACAGACCGGCCUACGCCACUACUACAGCCGGAAGAGGCGGGCACUGCUACAACAUCGUGCCUAACCUCUGAGAAGAGGAUUCAUCCUACGACCUGCCAAUCACACAUAUGACCUACCAACCAACCACAUUCCUUUCUCCUGAUGACAUAUCACCCUGUUGAGUCCCACCCACCAGCCAAUGGAUUCCAGUCAGCCUUGGACCACACUCCCUCCCUCUCCAACCUUCCAAUCCCCACUCUGCCAGACAUGGGUCCAUCCCAUCAGUGUACGCUGUAGCCAGUCAGAAGCCUUCCCCACCCCCAUAUGAUGGGAAGUAAGGAGACGUGACGGAGCAACAAAGGCAACCAUUUUGUUGACUUUUCAUUAACUUUCGGGUUUCUAGUUGUUUUCUAAUCGUUGCUCUACAUGGUUAUUAUGAUAUGAUGAUUCCCUGUUCCAGUUGCGAUACGAUGAUAUCCCCUGGCUUUCCCCGUCACCCCAUCCUACCCACCUCCUAGUCCUACUACUACCACACUGUGAAGUUAUUCCGAGAAAUCAGUAAUGACCAGGUAGCAUAGAGUUGGAUAGAGGGCACACUGUCACAGAAGUGAUAAUGGCAAAGAUAGGGAGUGAGCCCCCUUUCCAACUCUAUGCCAGGGAGCUGGGCUAGCUGGAUGCUUCCAAGAUCAACUGAGCCGCAGGGAGGAAAAUUCCUCUGCUUCGCGCCAGUACCUGAGGAGGAGGAUGAUGAUGAUGGAGAUGAGGAUCAUAACAGUGAUAAGGAUGCUAAAAAAAAAGUACUGUGUUCUUGCUGUUCUGUUCAGUGUGUCUGUGUUCUUUUUGUGAUGGUUUGACUGUUGUGUUCCAUUCAUUCGUUUUUUACUAAUUCAUAUUGUGCUAUUUUUGAUUGGAUUAGUUUUUUCUCGUUUCCGUCUCCUCAGAGGCAGACGGAAGAAAGGAAAGAAGGAAAGAACAAAUCGCAAAAGGGGGGAACAAAAGACAGAAAAUAGAAGACAAAAAAGAAAACAAAUUUAAGACUGAACAAUGAUUUUUUUAUUUUAUUAUUUUUAUAUAUGUUGGUUCCCGAAAAUACAGAUAUUUAUGGUAAGCGGUUCUCCACGUAACCUAUUUAAAGAAGCACUGUGCGUGAAAUCUGUAUGUUAUUUUCUAGUGUUAAGUUAUUAGGCAGUCAUCCAGCCUCUCUCAAGGCUAUCGGGCUGCAACAUCCCCCCCCUCCUCCCCCCUCCUCUCCCUUCCCCCCCCAUUCUCUUGUGCUGUUACCCGCAUCUCUCUCUUUCUCUCUGCUAAAUUCUGCUCCCUGGAGAUGAGGCUCCAUCAGUGUUGUUUCUUGAAGUCUAAUGUGUAAUGUGGACCCUCUCCCAGCCCUAUCUCUCAGUGUAACUCCAGUAUAGCAGUCUCCUGUACAUACAGUAUAUGUAUAUCCACUAUGCGGAGACCCAGCAGCCUUAUAAAAGGGAAAUAAAGAACUGUCCAAACCUCA